GACAUUUCUUCAGACUUACUUGCACUCAACGAUUUUGCUGAAGGAGCUAUGGAAAACUGGGGUUUGGUGACUUUUAGGGAUGCUAUGUUAUUGCACGAUCCUGAUGGGUCGACAACAAAAAGUAAAGAAGGCAUUUCUUUAGUUGUAUGCCAUGAAAUUGCGCAUCAGGUUUCAAUUUUAUGGAUGAGUUUUACAUUGAGAAUUAUUUGCCAAGUAUGGCAAUUGACGCUUUUGAAACUACGCAUGCCGUAUCAACCAAGGUUGACGAUCCAGCUGAAAUUGGCUCAAUAUUUGAUGCCAUAUCAUAUCAUAAGUUUUCUGUUGAAGGCAGCAUCAAUCAUUGAGAUGAUAGCAACACUAGCAGGAGAAAAACGAUUCCAGCAGUCGUUGAAGGAGUAUCUGCAGCAUUACGCCUACAGUAAUGCUGAAAGUAACGAUUUAUGGAAAACUAUUGAUAAACAUAUCUCGUUAAAAGCAGAAGAUAUUAGUUUAACAGCCUUUGCCGAAGCUUGGACGAAACAAGUUGGAUUUCCAUAUUUGACAGUUGGCCUUGAUAAUACAAAUGGAUAUAUUAUUAUUUACAACCAGACCAGGUUUUUGUUAUUGGAAGAAACUCGUAACCGUGACGAUCGUACUUCAUGGCCUAUUCCUAUCUACUAUAGAACUGAUCUGUCUGGGAACAAAGAAGGUAUUAAAUGGCUAAACUCAGGAAAGUCACAUGGUCGUAUAAAGAUACGGAAAAACGUAAAAUGGGUAGUGGCUAAUGCUCGAGCAAAAGGAUAUUACAGAGUGUUAUACGACCAGCAAGUUUACAAGGAGAUAAUACGUCAAUUAAAUGAACGUCAUACGGCCUUUUUUGCUGUUGAACGAGCUUCUAUAAUAAACGAUGCCUUCGCUUUUGCAAAAGCUGGUCUUCUACCGAUUAAUACCGCAAUGGACAUAAUUGGAUAUGUGGAAAAGAGCGAUGAAGUUGAUCGAAUUCCGUGGAAUGUGAUAAUUACUCAGUUAAAUUUACUGAUUUCAUUGACUUACGAAACUCGAAUCUAUGACCCGUUACAGCGUUAUAUGCGUUCACUAGUAUUAACUAUAUAUGACAAAAUGGGAUGGGAACAAAAAGCCAGCCACAUCGAUCGGCUUCUGCAAACCGAAAUAUUAUCGUUUGCCUGCAAGAUUAGUGUCAGUGAUUGCAAAAAACAAGCAAAAGACCUGUUUUAUCAGUGGAAAAAUAAUAAAAGGUUAGUAAUGAAAAUAUGUUGUGUCUUUUUAAAAAAAUACUUUUUCAGUGUUCCAGUAGACCUCCAGCCAUUAAUUGUAGAGGAAGGCGUUAAACAGGGUUCUAAAGCUGAUUGGGAAUUUGUUCUCGAAAAGUAUAAAAAUGCAAAGAUUCCUUCGCAGAAGUUUUUAUUACUUGGAGCUUUAACAGGAACUACUGAUCUUCGACUUAUUAACAGAUCUUUGGAUAUGUGUUUGGACAGCUCUUUAGUGAGACCUAAUAUAUUGCCAAAAGCUCUUGGACUUUUAAUGCAAAAUCGUGUAGCGCAGGAAUAUACGUGGAGGUUCUUCAGAAUGUAUUUUAACGAGUUUCAUAAAGCACUUGGAACAACCACGAUGCUUGGAAUGACCAUAAAGUCAAUUAUUGAGAACUUCAACACUGAAUUUGAUUUAAAAGAAGCAGAAAGUUUCUUUGCUGGAAAAGAGUUAGGAUCUUCGCAGUCGAAAUUAAAGCAGGCGUUGGAUUCCAUACGUGUUAAUAUCCAGUGGCGGAACCUGAACCAGGAAGCAUUGAGUAGCUGGUUAAAACGGCGUUAUGAUAGGCAGAUCUCCUAA